AUGGAUACAGGAACUACUUCACAAGAAGCUGGUUAUGUCCAGUCACCCAACCAGCAAACACAGCAACAACAACAACAACCUACUCAAACCACUCAGGAAGAUUGCGGUAUUCUCACUCCUACCUUGGCUGACAUUCUAAGCGAUGAUCGUAUUCUGCGUUUUUACCAGUGUGUCAAGGACAUCAAAACACAAGGCCUUCCUAGCCAAACAGGCUCCAUGUUCUUUGCUCUCUGCCAUGCAUUGGGUGAUACUGUCUCUUUUCUUAAGGUACCUAAUAUGUCUAAAAUCAUGUUUCGUCAAGAACAACAAAUUUUCGCAGUCAACGUUGCUGGUACUCAACACGAUACAUUUCAACAAAACCCUCCCCCACCACCACCACAAGCCAUGGCACCAAUGUCAGACAAUAACUCAGCAGAUAUGCCCUUAAUGGCCGGUGGUACUGCCGAUUUGAUGCAUGAUGUUGGUUCUACACACACUUCGCAUCUUUUCUCUGCUGCUGGUGCCGAUGGUUCUCCUCAACAUUUGUUGCAAGCGGCUUUAGCUUCGGUUACACCUCAUGCUGUAUCUGGUCCUGUUGUUCAUCAAGUGCCUGCUCCUACUACUUCUAAAAGAAAAAACAAUGAAAACAAGGAUGGUACAAAGCGAGCCAAGAAAUCAUCUCCAAGAGAUAAGGAGUAUGCUGUUCGACGAAAUGAAGUGAUCAAUGAUCUAUUAAAAGUGCCAGAGGCCGAUUUAUUGCAUCAAGCCAAUACAGUGGAUGAUGAAGUGAAGCUCAUCAUUCAAGGCCAUGAACGCUCUACAAAACAUGGUUCAUUAGAUCCUUUACCUCGUUUUGCUCACUUUGCAAACUUGGCUGCUCAUUAUGAUUGUGAUUUUGCACCCAAGAAUGCAGGCGUAUAUUUCAAUUAUGAAUACUUUCAACUCUACCUGGCAUACCGAGACAUGGAAAUGGAAAAGCAACGCCAGCAACAAAUGGAGGGCAGUGAUCCUCGUACCAUCAUGGCCCAAUGCCGUGCUGAUAUUGAGAAAGUGCUUGCCAAUAGCAAUUGGGAAGCCAUUCGUCGUCGUUUGACUAUUGGUGAACGUAUCUGCUCUGUCUGUGGUGUCGUGGGCCGCGGUUUCCUUUUGCUGAGUAGACAAGUCUCUGGUCGUAAAUUGUUGCACAAUUUCAAUACAACUGAAUGGACCGAGUUUAUGCGUGAAUUCGAAAGACCUGAAAGCCAACAAAUCUUACAAACCCUUCAAACCAAAUAUUCCCCUGAACGAUUCUAUGGUCCUCGUCAAGAACUGAUGAUGGUGAGCCAUCCUCCUUCUUCUCAAGCCCCCUCAAAUACUUCAAAUAAUGAUAACGCUAGUAUUGUUGAAGGUAUGGUGAAACCUAAUUCAAUGCCUCCUAUUGAUUUGUCUGCUCCUGCUGAUGUUGCUGCUGUUGAUCCUGUGCCUGACACAACAAAUGAAAAUCAUGAUGAUGAUGCAGUUGCUGCAGUUGCCGCUGCCGUUGCUGCUGCUGUUGGAAACACAUCUUCUGCGGCUUCUACUCCUGUAGUUACUGAGGCUACUGCUGCAGAAGUCAAUAAUGAAUAA